AUGUCUAUCACACGCACCUCGCUCGCUACUGUCUUGUACAGCAUGUUGUCUAUUCUGCACCUCUCGACCUUGGCUGCUGCUUAUGCUGUGCCCCCUUCUAAAGCUCCAUCUCAAUCUCCGUUCUCGACGAACAAUAUGUGCACUUUCACGCUGUUCCACAAGCAACUCUGCUCUUCUUUCACACAGACACAAAAAAACUACAUCCAAAUCAACACCAUCUACGACCACACCAACGAUAUUACAGUUGACGUCGCGCUGCAUCGCCCGAAAGAAGCGUUCAACAGCUACACCGAGGUAUCGCCGAAAAGCGUAUUCGCGAUUGAGGGAUUGUUGGACAACACAAGUCUGAUAGUAAAGGGUGAAGAUGGCAAAGACGAAGUCACAUUUGAGUACGCCGCCUGGAAAUGGUCGUCAGAAGACAGGAACGGCGAUGCAUGGUGUGACGUCUCGGUGUGGGAUGCCAGAUGGGAGACAUGCGGGGAUGAAGGGAGUGUAAACCCUCGACAACGGAUGAUGCAGUGCGCGUUCCCAUGUGACGUGGUCGCCGAAGAGGACGAGACUAGGAUCGAGUUGGUAUGA